UACUCCUAUCCUCCUCCUCCUCCUCUUCCAAUGGCGCAAAAGAUUGGCGCGGAUACACCAUCCUGGCCUGAGCUCCUCGGAUCCGAGCACUGGUCCGGCCUUCUCGACCCUCUCGACCAAUCCCUUCGCGUCUUCCUCCUCCAAUGCGGUGACAUGUGUCAGGUCACCGCCGACUCCUUCAUCAGCGACGACCACUCCAAUUACCGUGGCAUGUGCCGCUACCGCCCCAGCACCCUCCUCGACGAUGUGUUCUUCCCCUACGCGGCCAACUACGACGUCAAGGAGUACCUCUACGCCAUGUCGAUUAAUUGGUCAAACUUCACCGAGGAGUCUAAUUGGAUGGGCUACAUCGCCGUCUCCAAGGACGCAUACACGAAGCGUACCGGGCGCCGCGAGAUCUACGUCGUAUGGCGCGGCACGAUGCGGCCGUCGGAGUUCAUCGAGGGCUUAGUGAUCAGUCUCGUGCCCUUCGACCCCGACAACCAAGAUGUGCAAGAUGUGAAGGUCGUGAACGGCUGGAACGACAUCUACACGUUGAAAGACAGCGGUUCGCAAUUUCCAUGCAACGCAACCAGUGCAAGGGAGCAGUUACUGAGUAAGUUAAGCGAGCUAGUGAAGCUAUACAAGAACGAGAGCCUUAGCAUAGUGUGCGUUGGCCACAGCUUGGGAGGCGCCCUCGCCAUCUUGAGUUCUUUCGAUAUAGUGAACAAAGGACUGUCCAAGAUAGAAGGCAAGGAGGAGCACUUCCCAGUAUGUGCCGUGGUGUUUGAGAACCCCAAAGUUGGGAACAAGGCCUUCAAUGAAAGGUUUGAGAAGCUGCCCAACCUUCGAGCUCUACGUGUCCGGAAUACUUGGGACAUCGUUCCAUAUUGGCCACUUCCAACCGACUACGUUGUCACCGGCUCAGUUCUGGACAUAGACUCCAAGCUGUCGCCCUACUUGAAAGUUCUGGACAUAGACUUCAAGACGUCGACCAUCUUGAAAAUCCUUGCGAGUAACCACGACCUGCAAGUGGUCCUCCACACGGUGGCCGGGUGGACCUGGAAGGACGUCGAGUUCCACUUGAAGGUGGAGAGGAGCCUGGCGCUAGUGAACAAGCAGGGCGGCUACUUGAAGGAUGAGUUGCAGAUACCCGAGGCGUGGUGGGUGGAGAAGAACAAAGGAAUGGUACCGGACAAGGAUGGAGAGUGGUCCGAGACACCUGGAUGGAACUGCAAGUCAUCCAGUAAUGGCCACCAGCUCUAAGGAUCCAAUGCCUGCCUGCCUAUCUACCCUAAAUAAAGUUGUCACUCCCUGCUCUCACUCUAUCUCUUUGUGUCGUCACGGGGACGGGGGAGGGAGAUGACAAGAAGAACUAGUGCAGGCCUGCAUGCAGCAGUCACGAACGUACGCUUCAAACUUGUGUGGUGAUCGGUUUCUACUAGGUGUGUGUAAUUGGGUCAGUAAGUGAAACGCCAGUGAAGCACUUGCUUCGCUGAAUAAUAAUAAAUAAAAAUCCUGUGGUUUGAA